AUGGAAAGAGGACAAAACUACAGCAUAAAUAUUGAAGAGAUAGAAUCUGAGGUAAAGAAAAUGAUUCAUGAGGGGCAAGAAGUAGUGAUCGUUGGAGGGGCUCAUCCAUUACAUCGGCAUGAGAAGUUAGCUAUUGCUGUCUCAAAAGCCAUGCGUGGGCAUUCCCUUCAGGAAACUAAAAAGGACGGAAGAUUCCAUGUGCAUACCAAAACAUACCUAGAUGGUGCUAUCCUCAAAGAAGAGAUGGAAAGGUCUACUGAUGUUCUAGCUGCUGGUUUGCUGGAUGUGUCUGACCCUGGGCUUUCUAAUAAAUACUUCCUCCGCCAGAGCUGGGAAGAUGAAUCUGAAGGUUCGAGUGAUUCCAUAGUAAAACACAAGCCUCUCUGGUCAACUUAUAGCUCGAAACUUCAGAAGGGAAAGAAAAAGAAGGCUGUUAAGAAAAAAGGCGAUCUCUACCGGACUUACGGAACAAGAGUUAUUCCAGUGUUUAUACUCUCAUUAGCUGAUGUGGACCCAAUGCUCAUGAUGGAAGAUGAGAGCCUCGUGUGGGCGAGUAAUGAUGUAGUCAUUGUGCUUCAGCAUCUAAACGAGAAAAUACCUAUGAGUUAUGUUUCUGAAACAGAGAGACAGCACGCUGUUCCAUCACAAGUACAGCGGCAUAUACUUGCAGGUAUUGCAUCUGCUUUAGGCGGUGUAAGUGCACCAUAUGAAAAGACCUCUCAUGCGCAUGAAAGACCCGUCACCAACUGGCUUUGGGCAACCGGUUGUCACCCGUUUGGACCCUUCUCAAACGUCUCUCAGAUGAGUAAGAUGCUUCAAGAUGUUGCACUG